CUUUCCGUCCCGCCUACAGCUCGAGGGCCCCUCCUCCUCACUACGGAGCUAGAAGCUGGAGGUGCGGUGGGGCGGAGCGGCGGGCCCCGACCCCGCUGGGGUGGGGCGAAUCCCGUCCCUGCCGGUUGCCCCGGGCUAGGGCAGAGGUCCAGGCCUACAGGCUCUCUUGCGGCUGUGCUGCACUUCUGUGCCUUGAGGCUCGCUCUGGAAGCCGGCCUAGUGUUUUCGCGAGGCAGGUCCCGGGGCUCGCGCGUGUCUCCUCCUCUCAGCGCCCGCUGCCUGGAGAGUCGCUGGCCUUGGUCGCCGCUUAGUGGGCUAUAUCUGCAACCUGAAGAGAAGAUAAAGGAAAAAUCUUCUUUGGAAUAGAUGGGAUUUUGUCACUUUCUGUGAACUAAAGCGAUUCAAUGUCUCUUUUGGAUUGUUUCUGUGCUUCACGAACACGAGUUGAAUCACUCAGACCCGAAAAACAGUCUGAAACCAGUAUCCAUCAGUACUUGGUUGAUGAGCCAGCGAUUUCCUGGCCCCUUCCGUCUUCCAGAGCCAAUGAAGUGAUAUGCUCCACUAACGUCUCUCACUAUGAACUGCAAGUGGAAAUAGGAAGAGGGUUUGACAACUUGACCUCUGUUCAUCUUGCACGGCACACUCCUACAGGAACACUGGUAACUAUAAAAAUUACAAACCUGGAAACCUGUACUGAAGAACGUCUGAAAGCUUUACAGAGAGCGGUGAUUCUAUCUCACUUUUUCCAGCAUCCCAAUAUUACAACUUAUUGGACAGUUUUCACUGUUGGCAGCUGGCUUUGGGUUAUUUCUCCAUUUAUGGCCUAUGGUUCAGCAAGUCAGCUCCUAAGGACCUACUUUCCUGAUGGAAUGAGUGAAACUUUAAUAAGAAACAUUCUCUUUGGAGCAGUACAAGGGUUGAACUAUCUGCACCAAAAUGGCUGUAUCCAUAGGAGUUUUAAAGCCAGCCAUAUCCUCAUUUCUGGUGAUGGCCUGGUGACCCUCUCUGGCCUGUCCCACCUGCAUAGUUUGGUUAAGCACGGACAAAGGCAUAGGGCUGUGUUUGAUUUCCCACAGUUCAGCACAUCAGUGCAGCCGUGGCUGAGUCCAGAACUACUGAGACAGGAUUUACAUGGAUAUAAUGUGAAGUCAGAUAUUUACAGUGUUGGGAUCACAGCAUGUGAGUUGGCCAGCGGGCAGGUACCUUUCCAGGACAUGCAUAGGACUCAGAUGCUAUUACAGAAACUGAAAGGUCCUCCGUAUAGCCCACUGGAUGUCAGUAUUUUUCCUCAGUCAGACUCUAGAAUGAGAAAUUCCCAGUCAGGAGUAGACUCUGGGAUUGGAGAGAGCGUGCUUGUCUCCACUGGAACUCACACAGUCAAUAGUGACCGACUCCAUACACCAUCCACAAAAACGUUCUCUCCUGCCUUUUUUAGCUUGGUGCAGCUGUGUUUGCAGCAAGAUCCUGAGAAAAGGCCAUCAGCAAGCAGUUUGUUGUCCCAUGUGUUCUUCAAGCAGAUGAAAGAAGAAAGCCAGGACUCCAUACUCUCACUGUUGCCACCUGCUUAUAACAGGCCAGCAGCAUCAGUACCGCCAGUGUCUCCGUGGAGUGAACUGGAAUUCCAGUUUCCUGAUGACAAAGACCCAGUCUGGGAAUUCUAGAGUUGCCAAAUCAUUUCAUGUCCUCUAUACUUGACAGCCUCUCCUUGCUGCUUGUCUUCUGUCUUGUUAGGUACAAAUGACAAAUCUAUACUUGAAAAUACAGUUGGUGCACUGGAGAAUUGAUCAGUUAAACCACUCUGUCCAUGGGCGUGGAUUUACCCUCUCUGCCCAGAUCAGACCACCCAUAGGACUUCGUCAGUUACUGCCCAGCUCAGCUAGUGUCCACUUGUCCUUCCCUUCUCUCUCUCUUUUCUUUUCUUUUCCACUUUCUAAGCUAUGACUGGUACUUUCUGGGUUUCAGUGUAACUUUUGAGUGGUUAACUUUCUUCUAUAUUUUAUUAUUCUCUGGGAAUGAACCCUUCCUCAGAGGACAAUGCUUCCAGAACAUCUUUUCUUCCAGAUUCACUAUCCUUUUAAAUCAGCUAUUGUUAGAUGAACAGGCUGGUUUAUUCUGGUACAAAGCCCUUUUUUGGAGAAGGGAAAAUGUUUCUACUGUCCCUUUUACAUACAGCAACAUCAAGCUGAGCCUUGCUCACAUUAAACAAUUCACUUGAACUAUAAAGAUGCAAUUUGCAUUUUAAAAGGGAGGAGGCUAACAACACUUUUCUACCUGUGUAAAUUAUAGAUCAUUAAUUCAUGCACCCUGUGGGAGCUCAAUAAAAAUGUUAAAUUGAA